UAAUGCAAUGCCACAGUCUCUGGGGAUUCAGUUCGGGGUCGUGUAUGUAUGACCCCUCGUCCCAUUGGAGUCCACCGCCUGACCAGCAGGGGCUGCAGAAUGGAGCAUCUCUGAAGGAGCAGAACAUUGGAACCUCCCCGCACUAACGCUACUGCACCCCGGCGGACACAGACGGAUGAGCACGGGGUGUCUGUCCGGCAACAGUGUGCUCUAUCCUGGAUACGUUUCUUGGAUGCGUUACUUAUGUGUAUUUCAAAGAGCAAAGCAUCUUUCCGUCUUUGGACGGUCACUUUAUGACCACAUGAUUUAAGACGAAACCGCAACUGAUGCUGGACAUAAAGUGACUUUUACGGGAACGGAGUCGGUGUGAGUUUACAACGUCCCCAAACGUUUGGACGACUUUGUUGGCUGUGCAGUAUGUGGUGGGAUGGAUGAGGAGGAGCAGAACCGCUAUGUGGCCCAGCUGAAGGGUGAGUUUGACAGCUGUGACACCACCGGGACCGGUUACCUCGACAAAGAGGAGCUUACUGCCUUAUGCCACAAGCUGAGCUUAGAUGCCCAUCUCCCCUUGCUGCUGGACACUCUGCUAGGGCCACAACAUUAUGCCAGAGUGAAUUUUGAGGAGUUCAAAGAAGGCUUUGUGGCUGUGCUGUCAAGGUCUUUGGACUUCAGUACUUCAGAGGAGGAGAGCAGCUAUCUUGAGCCAGCAGUCCCAGAGGAGGUGAAGCCUAAAUAUGUGAAAGGAACCAAGCGGUACGGGCGGCGAUCACGACCAGACAAGACUGACUUAGAGCUCACAGCACACUCAGAAGAUUCACCAGUAUUUGGGACUGACAAAGUAGAAAUAAACGGUGUAAGGAGAGCCAAGCUCAGACGCUCCACCUCACUGGAGAGUGUCGAGAGUCUCAAAUCAGAUGAGGACACAGGAAGCAACAAGGAGUCCACACACCACUAUUUUGUGGCACAAGGUCAGUUGAAGCUCUGGAAUCUAGAGGGCACAGGAAGUCCUCAGCUCUCGUCCAACCCUCAGCAGGAAGUGACAGAUGGACAGGUGAGAGCAGUAUGGGAGGAGCUAGGGGUCGGAGCCGGAGGAUCACUUAACCGUGAGGAGCUGUCGCUCGUCUGUGACCACAUCGGUCUCAAGGGCUUACAGUCUGAGGAGUUAGACGCUCUUUUCAGGAAACUAGACAAGGAUCAGGACGGGAGAGUCAGUCUCAGUGAGUUCCAGAGCGGUCUGUUCACACAACAGCAUCACGUUACACCCAUCUCUACCUCCACCCCCGCCCGGCCCAAACCACAGCGCUCCAUCUCAAAGGCCCUCGAGGAACGUUUGGUGCGUUCCACCUCCCCUUCUUUACUGUCAGCUACGGUGGGUCAGAGGCUGUUGACCCGACUGGAUGAUGGAUCGGGAUGCACAAGCCCAGAUAAAGUCAUCGCCCUCUGGACGGAGGAGGGCAUCCACAACAGCAGGGAUAUUCUACAGACUUUGGACUUCUCUCUGGAGGAGCGACUGUGUCUGGCUGAACUCACUCUGGCCCUGGACAAUGAGUUACUGGUCAGCGGAAAUGGCAUCCAUCAGGCUGCUCUGGUCUCCUACAAGAAUGAGAUAAACUACUUACAAGUCCUGGCAGACCAGGCCUGCCAGGAGAGGGAUAAAGUCAAGGCGGACCUGGAACUGGCUGACCGCCGCAACCUACAGCUAGUCAGAGAGGUGGAUGAUCGUCAUGAGACCAUGGAGUCUCUCAAUGAGUCUAAAAUCAAGGGUCUGGAGCAGGAGUUCCGGGAUAAACUUACGGCACUGAGGAGCGAAUCAGAGUAUGAAAGCGAGGUGCUUCUAGAGCAGGUAGAGAAUGAGCGGGAGAGACUGCGGGAGGAGCUAGAACUACUUAGAGCUCAGGAUGUUAGUCUUCAGGAGGAGAUUUGCACUGCUGCUAAGGAGAACAGUCGUUUGGAGGAGGAGGUCAGCCUUCUGAAGGAGAAGCUGUCGGAAGCAGAGAGCACCAUCUCUAAACUAGAGAAGGAUCUAGAGCAUCUGCUGCAGGACAAGUAUGGUGGCAUUGAUUCAAAUGGCACAGGACUGCUGAAUCAAGAGGAGCACUUCUCAGAGAUCUUUAAGGAGUACGAGCAGCAAUGCAGGGAGUUGCAAGACAGGAAUGACGAGUUACGCUCAGAGCUGGAGUUGUUGAAGUCUCAAGGCUCAGGAAGAAGAUCCAGACGAUCCAGGGGCAGCCUGUCUGGUCAUGACUGGUCAAGCCGAAGAGCGUUAACCACUGAAUCAGAUUCUGAUGAUCCUGAAAUGAAGAAAGGUACAUCUCCUCAGGUCAGAAAAAAGCUCCAAGUCACUGACAAGAAUGUCCUGGGUUCCUUGGAGAGUUUGGCUCCCUCUGUGAGCAUUGAGACAGAACUGGCCAUGGAGCAGAUGAAAGAGAGAUAUGAGCAAGAGGUUCAGGACUUGAAGAUCCAAUUGGAGACUAAGGUGAAUUUCUACGAGCGCAGUAUGGAGCUGAUGCGGCAGAAUAUGGAGGUUGAAAGGAAGGAUAUCUCGCAGGGCUUUAAGAUGGAGAUCAGUGAGUUGGAGGACCUGAAGGCUCAGGCGGAGGAGCGAGCAGAGCAAAUGCGUCAGGCUGUUGAAAAGCUGGAAGCAGAAAUGAGGGGUAAGACUGCAGGAGGAGUGUGGGGUCCAGAGCAAGAACGGAGAAUUCAACGGGAACAGGCAGAACUGGAGCAGAACUACGCUCGUGAGAUCAGUAACAUCGUGCUGCGCCUCACCUCAGAGAAAGAUCAGCUAGAGGCAGAACUCAAGCUCAAGAUGGACCAGGAAGUGCUGCUUGUUAGGGAGAAGGCAGAGCAGCAGUUAUUGCACAUAAAGGCACAACACAGCGAUGCUCAGCGUAGCCUGCUCUGUCAGCUGCACCUCGAGCGCAGCCGUCUGCAGGAGCAAUCUGAGCAGCAUCGCAGAGAAGUUGGUGCGUGGGAGACAAGAGUGCAGGAGCUGGAACAGGAGGCGCGCAGGGAGCGUCUCCUCAGCACCGAGCGCUGGAGUGAAGAGCAAGCUCAGAUCUGCAGCAGGGUGGCACAGGAAAGAAAGAAACUGGAGGAGGAACACCAGGAAGAAAUCAGGAAGCUAGGAGAACACAUCCACUUCAUGGAAGCUCAGGUAGAACUCUCAUCCAGGGCUGAGGAGGAGUUGCUCAUACUACAAAGACAGCUAGAAGAUAAGCUGGAAGAGAUGUGUGUUCAGCUGGAAGACAACACCAAUUCCAUGAAAGCUCAAGAUGCCCUCGUUCAGCAUUUGACCUCAGAACUUCAUGCCAAAGAGAAGGAAAUGGAAAUUAGAAAUGAGAAAGAACAAAAGGUUUGCAAUAAGCUCUCUCAGCUAGAGCAAAAGCUUAAAGCUGAGCGAGAAAAGAAGGAAGAACUUCUGAAGCAAAAGGAGCAAAUACAGAAAGAAAUGGACAGAAGUAGUCAAGAUCUAAAGGAUAAACUUGCAAAAGAAAAAGAGUCGGAACAAGAGCUUCUUGACAAAAUUUCUGAGUUGACAAAAGAGUUAGAGAACUGGAGGACCAAAUCAGAGGCCUGGCAGAAGGAGAUUGAGAAAAUGCAGGGAAGUAGUAGUCAUCUAUCUACUGCAUUUGGUGUACAGCAAAUGCAGUUGAGAGAACAAGGGAAAGAACUUGAGGAGCUUCAAGAAAACUUAGCCAAAACGCAUGAGGCAUUGAAAACCAGAGAUGAUGAUCUUACAAGACAGGCUUUUGAGCUAAAUGCUGUGGAGAUGGAGCGAGAUCGACUCUUAGAGGAGCUCAGGGGUCAAUGCGAGGUUCUCAAACAGCUACAAACACAGGUUAAUAGUCUUUCUGAGGAGUGGGAUCAAAUGCACACAAUGGAGCAAAACCUUCAAGGCUUUCUUUGUGUGGAGCAGGGUAAGGUUGAACAGCUCCAAGCCCGCCUGAACUUGGAGCAAGAAGAAACAAGGCGUCUUGAACAAGAGAACUCUAGCUACCGGCAACUUGCAGACCAGCUUUUGUCUCAGAUUGUUGAAAUGGAGGCCGAAUCUACCAAACUCAAUGAGAACGCAGAUAAACUUGCACUAGAACUGCAAAGCAAAGACAAUCAAAUGCUGGAACUCAAUCGUCAACUUGAAGCCAAAGCCGAAGAGAUGGAUUUGCUCUGGAAUGAGGUUCAGCUGAAGAUGAAUCUGUUUAAGAACGUCACUCAUCUCUCUGGUCAGGUUCAACUUUUGACCAACCAGUUGGAGGACAAAGAGCGAGAGCUGUGCUCUCUGAGAGAGGAGGCCGACAAUACAACCAACCAACUACAGCAAUCGCUGAUGGACUCCCAAGCAGAGCUUCUGCAAAUGGAGGAGGCUUUUGAAAGCGAGAAGUGCCAUAUGAAAGAACAGCUUCUGGAGAUGGAGGGACUUGUCAUGGCUUUAGAACUGGAGAUGGACUCAGCCAAUCCCCACAGGGCUCAACUUGAUGAGGUCAUGUCUGAAAACAGUGCACUGAAAGACAGGCUUGCUGUCUUACAGCAGGAUGUCAAGUCAUUGGAGGAGGAGGUCAACAAAAAGAGGAGGAAACUUGAAGAGAUGGACAGAGAAUAUAUGAAAAAUCGAGAAGACGAGGAGAGGCUACGAAAAGAGAAUUCCAAAUGUCGAGAGGAGGUGCUCGAUCUCAGUGCGAGAAACCUUCAGCUUAGCAGUGAGAACGCUGAACUAAGUUCCCAACUGUGUACUGAUCAGAGAGCAGUGCAGACGCUGACUGACAGGCUAGCACAGGUGUGUCAGGAGAACGACGAGGCAGCUGCGUCCUACAGACAGCUGCAGGAAACCCUACAGCAGCAGGAGAGCAUCAAAUUAAAACUCCAGGAACAGUGGCAGAAAGAGAAGGAGCUUCUAGAGAGGGAGCUAAAAACUGCCAAGGAGACGCUCCAGCAUUUAACGGUGGUUGAGUCUGCAUUGACUAAUCAGACACUGAAAAACCAAGCACUAGAGCAAGACAAGGACUGUUUGUUGAAGGAAAUGACAGACAGAGACCAGAAGCUGGAAAAGCUUCAGGAAUCACUUCGUAACUCAGAAACCCAGAUAGAGCAGCUCAACUCCCAGAUCUUAACUCUGUGGCAAGAAAAGGAUGUUCAGAUCCGGGAAGCAGACACAUGUCAAAAGAUGCUGCAACAGUGUCAGGACAAGGUCCAGGAGCUUGAGAACGCCAUACAUCAGCUGCAUAAAGAGAAGGAGCAUUUACAUCAGACCCACAGGCUUCAGGAGGAGACGGCAGUCAGUGUUCUGCAGAAGGAGUGCAAGAGCUUGCGAGUACAGAACGAGGAGCUUCUAAACAAAGUGGCUCAGCUGCAGACUCAGGAGCUGGAACUUCAGAGACUGACGCAUGAGUGCCUCACUUUGAGAAAUAAACAAGCCGAGCUAGAGACUGCUAAACAUGAGGCAGAUCAACAGGCACUAAGGGCAGAGAGCGCUCUGUCGCUGGUCCAGGCUCAGCAUACACGUGAGGUACAGGAACUAAGGGAACAGGCGGGGUCUGGCACCCGGGAGCACUUGGCUCAUCUGCAAACUCAGCUGGCCGAGCAGCAGCUCAGGACACAGGAUUUAGAGGGUCUGCUUCGCUCUCAAGCCAAGCAAGCCGGCGUUCAGAUGGGCCUUCAGCAGGAGCAAUACGAGAAAUUGAUGGCAAGUAUGGAGGAGCGUAUGGAUGAGGUUGAAGCCAAGCUGAAAAACACUCGUGUCAUGCUGCAGGAGAAAGUCAACCAACUAAAAGAACAGCUGGCCAAAAAUGCCAAGUCAGAUCUGCUGCUGAAGGACCUUUAUGUGGAAAACUCUCAGCUCAUGAAGGCUCUUCAGGUGACGGAGCAGAGGCAGAAGAGUGCAGAGAAGAAGUCUUUCCUGCUGGAGGAGAAAGUGAUUGCCCUUAAUAAACUGCUACGUAAAAUUGCCCCAGCAUCGCUUACAGCUUAGACUUGUUUCACUCCAUUACGAGCUUUUCCCACCCGCUAGUGCACUUUCGUAUUUUGGUGCGAAUUGUUUUUGUAAAAGCAGUAAACAAUCCUUGUGUUAAAGUGAAAGCACAAAUAAUGCAAAGUCUCACAGUAACAGCAUAUCAUAUUUAAUUAUGCUGUUUUCAACAAUAUAAAGAGGACGAAGGGAAAAGAUAAUUUAGGGUCAUAUUUUAUAGUCUCUUUAGAGGCAAAUGAAUACCAAUGAAUUAGACUAGUAAGAGAUUUGAUUGUCAAAUCCAGCAUUACACAUUCCUUUAUUUGUUCACUGUGAUGUAGGGUACAAGUAUUUGAUAGUAAAAUAAGACGCAUUCUUUUUACUGCAGUUUUAAUGCCCACUAUGGUGCAAUAACCAAAAGCACAGUAUUCACUCAAUGUACAGUUUUGAUACAAAUACUAUCUCGUAAUUGCACAAUUUUCAAUCGUGAUGCACUAACGUCCACUUGGAUAUAAAUUAUUUUAAGUUUUACAGUUGAUGUACACCUUGUUUAAAAGAGCUGUCUAACUGUUGGGAGAUAAAAGUGACACCACUGUGUUGUAAAUGCAUCAUGUACUUUCCCACUGUAAAGAAUGUGAGAAAGUAAAGUUUUACCUGUGUA